AGUAAAGAAAACAACUUUUAAGAAAAAAUAUAAUUUAUUGUCAAAUUCGUUUCUAUACAAGAAGACUACUAUUAAGUAUUCCAAAUAUAUAGCUACUAUUUCCUUUACCUCUAGGUACCUCUUUUUCAUGAGAAGUUUCUCCUAAGAAGCCCCUGGGGCAAUUUCUUUACCCCCAAACUACAACUAGGAUCCUGGUCAGGUUCAUGCAGAUCUGCAGUAGGAAGCAGGAGAAGUGGAUCCAGUGCUGUCUCAACUGAGUAGGAGGGCAGUAGCUCUGCAUGUAGACUCCAUGCUUUUAUUGUGGGGACAUUCCUGGACCACAAGGCCUGUGACAUUAUGGUUCCUCAGUGGUGAUACCUUGAGAUAUUCAUCAACCUCAUGGAAAAUUUUGUACAAUUGGCUGCAAAUAGAAGAUCAAGCAAAACAAUCUGCUGUGCAUUGCAACCUAGGAGGUGAAUCAAUCUUCCAUUUAGAGUCACACAGAUUGUUGAAGAUGACUGGCUGUCAGGGCUCCAUGCAAACACUCCUUAGAAUACCAUCUACAAAAUGAAUUGUUCAGGUAAUUUGUAACAUUUCUUAGCAGUGAAUAUAUUUUAUAUUAAAUCUUCCUGUGAUAUCCUGAAAGCAGAUGACAUGGAUAAAGUUAACCAGACAUUUACAUCAGAAUUUCUUCUUCUGGGAUUCUCCGGUUACCCAAAACUGGAGAUCAUGUACUUUGUUCUAAUUCUAGUAAUGUAUCUAGUGAUUCUAACUGGCAACGGUGUUCUGAUCAUAGCAAGCAUCUUUGAUUCUCGUCUUCACACCCCCAUGUACUUCUUCCUGGGCAACCUGUCUUUCCUGGAUAUCUGCUAUACAUCCUCCUCUGUUCCCUCAACUUUGGUGAGCUUAAUUUCAAAGAAAAGGAACAUUUCCUUCUCUGGAUGUGCAGUGCAGAUGUUCUUUGGGUUUGCAAUGGGGUCAACAGAGUGUUUCCUCCUUGGCAUGAUGGCUUUUGAUCGCUAUGUAGCCAUCUGUAACCCUCUGAGAUACCCCAUCAUCAUGAGCAAGGUGGUGUAUGUACUGAUGGCUUCUGUGUCAUGGCUCUCUGGUGGAAUCAACUCAAUUGUGCAAACAUCUCUUGCCAUGCAGUUGCCUUUCUGUGGGAAUAAUGUUAUCAACCAUUUCACGUGUGAAAUAUUAGCUGUCCUUAAGCUAGCUUGUGCUGAUAUAUCCCUCAAUAUUAUCACCAUGGUGAUAUCAAAUAUGGCAUUCCUGGUUCUUCCACUGAUAGUCAUUUUUUUCUCCUAUAUGUUCAUCCUUUACACCAUCUUGAGAAUGAACUCAGCCACAGGGAGACGCAAAGCCUUUUCCACCUGUUCAGCACAUCUGACUGUGGUGAUCAUAUUUUAUGGUACCAUCUUCUUCAUGUAUGCCAAGCCCAAGUCUCAAGAGUUUCCUGGGGACGACAAGUUGCAAACUUCAGACAAGCUCAUUUCUCUGUUUUAUGGGGUAGUGACCCCCAUGCUAAAUCCUAUAAUCUAUAGCUUGAGGAAUAAGGAUGUAAAAAUUGCUGUAAAAUACCUGGGAAACCAAAAAGCUAUUCAGUAA